AUGUCAAUAGAUACAGAUAUCCACCAAAAUCACCACAACUCUCACACUCAGCUGUGCCUAGUGUCUGGUACAAUUCCUGGCAUGAAAAGUAUCGAGCUGUUUCUAGGCCAAGGCUGGCACGUAUCGAAGCUGAACCCUAAUCAAGGGACAGAUUUCAAAGCUACAAAAUCAGCUACAAACUCAAUUGAUAAAGGAGAAAACAUCCAGGCUCUCAAGAGGCAGUAUAGCCAUGGAGGCUGGCGAAUGAUUCAGGAACUCAAGGUGUCAGCUGCCGAUGAUGGCGAUGGGCUCAAGAAUUUGGUUUAUCUUUUUUUUUUUAACUGGAUGACUAAUGGGUGUGCCAAUGCAGUCUAG